UGUUUUUUGGUGAUGAAAUAUUUUCAGCUCACCAUGUCAUUUUGCACUUUUCUCGCACGGAUUUUUCUAUUCUUCUUGAACUUGGCGCAAACGCUUGUCGGUUUUACAGUAAUCGCUCUCACACUUUGGAUUCGUUUUGAUAAAGGCUUCGAAUCGGAAAUUCGGACUAAUAUAUUGAGGGAUAAUGAUCCGGAGCCAUUGGCUGGUGUGAAGUCGGAUAUUAGAACAGGGAUCAUUGUCUCUUUCUGGAUAAUCAUCGGAUUUGCCAUUGCUAAUGUGAUAAUCGGAUUUGUUGGCGUUAUUGGAGCAGUUAUCCGGAGCAAGUAUCUAUUGGCUCCAUACUUUCUGUUUAUGGUUAUCUUGUUUCUUUUGGAAAUUGCAAUUGGUAUUACCGUGUUGGUGAAGAGAAGAUCCGUUAGAAGAACUGUCAAGGAAUAUGUUUUCGAUUCGUUCAACAUGAAUGCCCAGGCUGAUAUUUCUGCGUUUAAUUUUAGAUACAACUGCUGUGGAGCCGAAAAUCUGCCAAAUUUGAACUGUUUCGCCGGCCAGCCAACAUGUUCGUCAGCUGUCUGGGAUCGUCUCGAUUUUACAAUGAUGAUCUUCGGAAUCUGUAUGCUGAUUAUAGUUGUGUUACAAAUGUUCACAGCAUUUCUCACUGUUCCAAUUAUUAUUGAGAGAAAGAGGGAAACGUCUUAUCAACAGUAAUUUUUUUUUGGUAAUUUUAAGCUUUGUGUGUUUUUUUUUUUGGAAAAUCGGGUGUUCCGUUUUUGUCACAAGUUAUUCUACGUUUUUUGUAAAUAAAUGUUGAUAAUUGUGGUAAU